CCACAAACAAUUGAUCCCAUUCUUUCGAAUCCGAUCCGAUCCGAUCCGAUCCGGACCCACGCCGCGUGUUCCUUCGCUUCGUUCCAACAGUCGUCUCCUUCCCUUCCCUUUCCUCCUCUUAUUUCCAAUUCUCCCCGCGAUGAUCCUUCGAAGCAGGAGGGGAACGCCAUCRGUUCUACAACUCGCCUUCUUAGCAGCCACCGCCGCCAUGGCGUGCUUUUCCUGCCUAGCGGCCGCCUUUGCCACGAGGGCCCGGACGGGCAGGUCCCUCUCGCUGGCAGCUAGUGCUGGUGUUCGUGCUGGUUCCAUUUCUGCUUUCUCCAAUGGGCGGAGCGCUGCGAGCACGAGGCUCUUUGCCUCGGCAAAUUCCAUCGACGUCGACGCCGACGCUCCCGUUCCCAUUACCCUCCUGAGCGGCUUUCUCGGAGCCGGGAAGACCACCACGCUCCAGCACCUCCUGGAAAACCGCGACGGCCUGCGAAUCGGGGUGAUUGUCAACGACAUGGCCUCGGUCAACAUCGACGCCAGUCUGGUCAAGGACACCGAGGGCAAGGGCAAGGGAAACAACAAGAGCAAGAGCAACAAGCCGGGGGAAGAAACCUCCAUCGUCGAGCUCCAGAACGGCUGCGCCUGCUGUUCGCUGGCCGACGAGUUGCUCACGACGGUGGACAACCUACUGGAAAGCCGCAACAACAACAACAACAACAACGACGGUGCAUUUGACGCCCUGGUGGUCGAGCUGAGCGGGGUGGCGGAACCGAUUGCCAUUCAGCAAAACUGGAAGGCCGCAAAGGCAAACGGGCACCCCGUGACGCGAAAGGCGGACAUGAAGCGCGUCGUCACCCUCGUCGAUUCGAGCACCUUUGGAACGGACUGGAUGACCUGGUAAGACAAUACAGUGCGAGACAAUAGCGACAGGCAACAAGGACAAGAAAAAGAAGGAUGCGAUUUUGUGUGUUUGUGCAUCUAUUUGUACAUCUUUGUCUGAUGGAUGAUCCGUGUACACGUGACACACAAUGUAUUAGUAGAGCGCCGUUUCCCGAUUGCCGAGAAUCCAUGCAUCGCUGCUUGGUCUCUCACCUUUUAUUGUAUUUGCUGUUUCUUUUUGUGUGUCGCGCACCUCUCGUUGGUGUUGCGUUGCUUUGUGUCGUUUUUUCUGGUGGCGAUCCAUUCCAUGAAACGAAACCAAUCGAAUCGAAUCGAAUCGAAACCGCGCCUCUCGGUUUCGGCUCUGGAUGCUAGGGACGUCGCCGGGGAGCGUGACGGGUGGACCGAGCAGGGCGACACCUGCGCCGUUCAACGCAAGGUCCCGGAGCUCCUGGCCGAGCAGGUAGAGGCGGCCGACGUCCUCCUCCUCAACAAGAUCGACCUCGCGGGACCCGACCAGGUGGAAGUGGCGGCGGCCCUCGCGAAAUCCAUCAACAAGAAGGCCGUCGUGGAAGAAAUCGCCUUUGGCAGGGUGGCUUCCCCGAAACAGAUCGUCCGGGAGGAGGCGAGCGAAACAACAAAGGAGGAAGCACCGAGCCAAUCGGGCUGCUGCAGCAAUCCUAGCUGUCCCAGCAAUCUUGCCAAGAAGAAACAACAGGAGGAGGAGGAGGCCAAGCAGCCCCGUGCCACCGUGUCCACAGACGACCUCGGGAUCGUCAGCUUUGUCUACAAGGCCGACCGGCCCUUUGACGCUCCCAAGCUGAUGGGCCUUCUCAACACGUGGCCGAUCCCCGUGAAGGAAGACCUCGGCGGCCUCGAGCACUUUUCGCCCGAAUCCGCUGCCGCCGACGGGGGCGAGGACGUUGGCCGGACGUCUCCCUUUUUCGGGGUCCUCCGGUCGAAGGGCUUUUGCUGGAUGGCCCCCACCAACUGGGCCACCGACGGGACCGGAGAUCCCUGGCGCCACGAUUCGGCCAUGUACUGGAGCCACGCCGGGAAGCACUUUGGGAUCUCGGUGGCCGGCAAGUGGUGGGGAACCCUCGUCGAAGAGGAGAUGAAGGAGUAUUUCGCGAACGACCGGGAGGAAUACAACCGCAUCCGGACCGAGGAGUUUGUCACCGAGGAAUGGGGCGACCGGCGCCAGGAGCUCGUCUUUAUCGGGGCGAACAUCGACCGGGGACAGAUCACGGAGGCCCUCGACGCGUGCCUGCUGAACGAGAAGGGCAUGAAGCGGUAUGCGAAAGGGGCCGAGAGCUACCAGCGGGAGAGCGGGAAGAGCCUCGUUGUGCCAUAACACAGUCAAAGUUCAACUGUAGACUACGUAAUAUGCAUCAAAUUGUUGCCUAGUAACAUAUCUAAGAACACCGUGCAAUUAUUUUUAGGUUCCCGUGUGAUGAGCGAGCACAGCAAUCCCAAACGCGCCGAAACACGGAAUGCUCGCUUUGCGUAUCCGCAGCAGACAGAGGAAAACCCAGCCAUCGCAUCGAAUGCAACUGCGGAGUUAUAGUGUUGAUACAAGUUUGUGUUUUUGUGCGGGCUCAAGCGUGAAAAAAAUCUCGAAUUAGUCU